GCUCAACACGCCAGUGCGCAGAGACCAGGCGCCACGAGUGCUCUGUUCGUGGUAUUCGGUGCUUAUUUCACGCAACUCUUUGGCGCGCACCGACUCGCGGCAACGAGAUCCCUGCCAAUUUUGAAGCUAGACAGAUUACUGGUCGAGCGCAGACAGCAUAGAUGGAGGAAGACCGCGUCCUCCUGCGCAGCGGCCUCCUGCUCCAAUCUCUGAACGACGAGCAUGACUGGGCCUACCGCUACUGCGUCCUCACGACGAAGGACGGCGAGCGCUCGCUUCUCGUCUUCGAGAGUGCUGCCGCCAAGACGCCAGUGCGCACGGUCGCGCUCGCGAACGAUGCGAGCGCGCGGCCCUUCGACGCAGCGGAGGCAGAGCGCCUCGGUUCGGGCGGCAUCGUGCUCAAGGCCAACGACGCUGCGCCUGAGACUUUCUGGAGGGCUUUGGACGAGCGUGAGGCCUACGACUGGCGCCGCGCGUUGCAAGCGAAUUUGCACUUCGACGACACGGACCAGGAGGGCGCCGGCGACGCGCUCAUGCCCGACGCGUGCCACGGCGGGCCGCUGCUCGUCUGGGAGAUCGGGCGCGGCGGCGAGGACGUCCGUUGGCAAAGGAAGUUUUGCGAAUUGGGAGCCGGCCGCGGCGGCCGGCUGCGGCUCCACGCCUGCGAGCCGACGGACGUCGUCAAAUGGCGCGACCGCGACCGCGGCGACGUUCUCGCGCCGCUCGCGACUGCGCGGCUGCAGCAGCGCCCCGACGCGUUCGCGACGCCGGGCUUCGAGGUCGCGCUGGCCGACGGGCGGCGCUUCGCCUGCCGCGCCACCGACGUGCUCGACGACUCGGUCGACGCCUGGCUCGCGAUCCUGGGCCCGCUCUGCGCGCGGCAGCCGGAGCCCGCCGCCGUUGAGGAGGCCGAGGAGGCCGCCGCGCCCGCGGCGCCGGACGCGGUGACGUACUCGCGCCGCGCGUCCGUGGCGGCCUCGGUGGCCGGCGCGGCCGCUACCGUUGCGGGCGUCGCCGGCGCGGGCGCGACCGUCGCGCUGGGCGCUGGGUGCGUCGUCGGCGCCGGCGCGCUGGCGACGUACAGUUCCGCGGCGGCGGACACGUGCCGCGCGGUCGUCGACUACGCGCUGGCGCCGCGCCGGCGGUCGUCGUCGUUCAUGGGGAUUGAUGAAGACGCGCGCGCGGCCGCGGCCGCGGCGGACCAAGCUCAAGACGACGCCGACGCGGUCGUCGCCGAGGUCGAUGUGGACGUGCGGCGGGCGCGGCUGUUGCGGAGCGGCGGCGCGGACGACGCCCUGCCACCUACAUUAAAAAUCGACGGCGACGAAGAAAGUGGAGAGGGGCGUCUCCUCGAGGCGCCCGUUGUUGUGGUGGUGCGCCACGGCGACGCGGCGUUCAGCUCGUCGGUGAUAACGCGGAGUUCCGGUCUGAGGCGCGUGCAGCUCCGGUGCGCGUUCAAGUGCGCGUCGGCGCGCCAGUCUAUUGUCAUCGAGGUCCGCGGCGCGGACGCGGCCGACCCGACGCGCGGACCGCUCUUCGGGCGGCGCGAGCUCUCGCUGUUUGAACUCGCGGAGCGCGACGCUGAGGAUGAGUUGAGGCGCCUCCGGGCGCGCCUGCGCCGGGCCUGGGGGGCGGCGGAGACCCCUGAAGAGUCCUCAUCAAGUGACUCCGAGGACGAUCCCCUCGAACAUAAACGAUUCCACGGUAGUGCGCGGCCCGCAGCUCGAUCAUCACGCACGGACGGCGCCUGGCUCGCGCUCUUCAAGCCGGGCGAGGAGCCCAAGAUCGAUGACCAUGAGGAACGCACUGAUGGGUUCGCAUCCGGGGAUGUUGAUGACGCGUCCGGUGUCAAGCGCGGCGCGGCCUGCGCGUUAAUUGAUGCGAAGGUGAUCGUGACGCCGACGUCGUCGGUCGGCACGCUCGCGUUUGCGAAUCCGCGCCUGCGGCUCGAGCGCGACCGGCCCGCGCGCGACACGGUGCCGUCGCCGGCCGUGACGCUAGAUUUACUGAAGCGCCUCUUCGCCGUGGCGACGUGGUGCGCCGUGCAGAGCGACCGCAUGACGGACAUGCUGUACUGGCACGCACCGCUGCAGUCUUUACUGGUUACGGUCGUCUCAAUAUUGGUUUGUAUCGCGGCAGCAAGGGACCACUGCUGGGUCCUGCCUGCUUUAUGUUUUUGGUGCGUCCUGCUCCUCUUCGGCCUCGACCGGCUGACGGGCGAGUGGAUUCUGCGGAGGGUCGCGCCGGGCGAUACUAUAAGAGACCGCGACUGCGCAACAUUAAGACUCGCGGCGCUGGCCGUCGACGGGCUCGACCUCGACGCGGCGCGGCAGCCGUAUUUACGGAUACGCUACGUGCCGGCCUGCGCGCGGAGCCCGCUCGCGCUGCGCGUCGCCCGCGCGGCCCGCGACUCUAUAAUAGAAAACGACGACGCGCUCGAGGCGGCGCGGCGGGCCUGCGACGACGCGGUCGCGGCUGCAAGCGACGCGUGCCCCGCGGGCCGCGCGCUGCGGGCCGUGGCCGUCGCCACGGCCCGGUUAGAGGAGGCGCAGAAGGGCACGUGGCGCUGGGAUUCCUUGGACGCGACGCCGCACCCGCACCGCCGCGAGAAGCCGUCGGGGCGCCUGUCGACGUCGGCGCCGCCGCGCAUCGGCGUCCGGAGCCGCGCGGCCUACGAGGCCGAGCGCCUCAUGCAGUGGGCGACGGGCCGGCCGUCGGUCACGCCGGUCAAGGCGUCCACCAUUUCCCCGGUGCCGGAGCCCGUCGUCCAGACGCCGCCGCCGCCGGGGUCGCCGCGGGCGGUCGACUUAAAGAAGGAGGUGCCGGCGACGCCGCCACCAUCUAAAGCCCCGUUCUUCUCGACGCCGCACCAUGCGGAGGCCGACGUUGCUGCGGCAGCGUCGACUCGGUUCCGGGCGUGCUGGCGACGGAAGGGCGAGAAGGCCUACGCGCGGGCCUGGUCCGUCCCCGUGCUGCGCGAGCUGCGCGUGUCGGCGGGCGCGGGCCCGGCGGCCGCGCCGCGCGUCGUGCCCUGGGAGAGGGCCGCGGGGCGGCUCCGCGUCGAGCUCUACGCGCCGGAGGCGGCAUCAGUAGGGGACGACGCGGCCCGGGACAUUUAUCGGCGGGCCGUCGAGGGCGACGACCUCGGGCUGGCGCCCGACGGCGCGACGCUGCUCGGCGUCGCCGAGGUGCCCCUUUCGAAAGUGAGCGUCGACGACGCGGCGGCCUUCGCCCCGGACGGCUGGGUCCGCCUCAAUCCGCCAGGGAGCGACACUGCCGAAGCGCCGACGCCGCGCGUGCGGCUGCGCUGCCUCCUCGAGCCGGCGCCGCCGACGCCCUCUCUACAAUCCGCGUCGCUGCGGCGCCGCGCGCGCGUCGAGGCCCUCGAGGGCGAGCUCGAGGUGCCGCCCUUCGAGGCGCCGCCGUCGCCGGCCGUCCAGGUCGCCGACGAGGGCGACGACGUCGUCGACGUGGGCGUCCUGUCGCGGCUGCGGCGCGCGCGGGCCACGGCCGUCGAGUCGCAGAAUUUGUUGCGGGACUACGUGCGCCUGGGGGAGCAGUGCCGCGGUUUGGUCGAGUGGUCGCGGCCCGGGGCCUCGCUCGCGGUCUUCGCCGGGCUGACGUUGUUCCUGGUCGUCGCGGCGCGCAUGCGCGCGGACUACCUCGGGGUGUUGGUGGUGCUGGCGACGAUGGCGCCGGGGGCCAUCUUAAGCGUGGAGCGGCGCGCCGCGCGAGCGAAGCGGAGCGCGCGGUGCCGCCGCGCGGCGAAGAAGUGCAACGACGCCGAGGCUUCAUUAAAACGCGAGGCCGAGGCCUGCGAGGACGCGGACCGCGCGGCCCUGCUGGCGCGGGCCGCCGUAGCGUUGAACUGCGCGGCGCGCGCGGUCGCCGUCGCGGACGCGCACGCGGACGCGACGAACGGGGCCGCCGCGCGGCGCGAGGCGACGCGGCCGGACCCGCUCAUCGACCCCGAGGAGGUGACCAUCUGGACGCGCUUGCGGGCGUUGCUCGAAGCCAUACCGGCCGAGCCCGAGCUCGAGCGGGUCUUCGUCGAGCGGCGCCGCGCGCAGGAGUGGCGGCGGGCGCGCCGGGCGUGUCGGGCGCGCUUGGGCGCGACCUGGGCGGGGCCCCUCUGGCGGCGGUCGACGGCGUGGCGGCGGCACUUUGCGUGCGUCCGGCGCGGCGAAUUGCAAUUCUGGUACUCGGCCUCGCACGCUCUGGCCGGCGUGUCGCCGGUCCUCGUCGUGUCUUUGGACAACGCGCGCGUCGUCGACGCGCUGGCGGGCGACGACCUGCCCGUUUUGACCUUGCACGCGCCCCUUAAAUCAGCGCCUGCGGAGCACCGCGAAUGGCGCCUCGCGGCCGCGCAUUGCAGGGACGCGGACGCGCUGCGGCGGUGCGUCUGCCGCGAGGCCUCCUUCGCCGGCGACUCUGAUGAUCGGCCUGUUUCUCCGGCGCUGUCGGGGACUAGUUCGACGUUCUAAGGCUCUGGUUUUGUGUGUAUGUAUGUACUGUAGUUUUUAUUGUGAUUGUGCGCCCUUAUUUAUUUACGAGGUCCUACCUGUAGGGUAUAUGUACAUGUUACCAUAGGGAUAGGACUUACCACAUAGGAAUUAGCCAGGCGCACGGCAAUAAAACGCCAUCGGCGCCUGGGCGAGUAAAAGACCUAUUGACGAGUCCGCUCAACGAGCGCGCGAGUUCGCUCAACGAGCUCGCGUAUGAAGACAUACGUCUCUCUUCGACGAGCGCCGAUGCCUUAUGACCGCCGCCGUGUGGAUAGUGUGGUUUGCCUUCGGUCUAUUGUACUAUGGCAUCACCCUGCUUGUUACUAGAAGCUACAAUGUGAACCGACUGCGUGGAAAUCAAAUAUACAGCGCGUUCGUCCUGAAUCGCCGCGUCGACCUCCACGCCAUCGACGCGACACCUGCUCGAUGGCGUGGCGAUGUCGGUUCAUCACCGCUCGACGGAACCAGCGCGGCCACGUCAUCGCCGAGAAAUGAGCACAAGACACACUGGUUGAUUUCCACACAGGUGACCGACGACGACGACGAAUUCAAAUGUCGCUUCAAGUUUUGGACGAUAUUUGCCAUCUUCACCAGUGAGUUAGCUGGUGCUUUGCUCCUGUUCGCGACCAUAGAUAGAUUCGGGCGCGUCAAAUGCGCGGUCCUGUCCUAUUUGCUCGUUGCGGUGUUCCUCAUCCCCGUCGCCCUUGAGGCGUCCGGGACGUUUGUCUGGCUCUACCUCGCGCUGGCAUUUGGAACAGCAGGGUCGUCGACAACGUGGGUGCAUACGACGGAACUCUAUUCGACAGACAUCCGGUCGACGGCGCACACGCUCGCCUUCAUCGUGGGCCGGUUCGGCGGCUUUGCUUCGGGAUACGUCGUCGAGAACGCAAACAGCAUACCCUUCGCGACGACCGUGCUGAUCAUCAUGGCGGCGCUGAGCGCGUUGGGGACGUUGACGCUGCGCGAGACGAUGGGGGAGAGACUCAGUUAAUAC